CACAGAUGACACUUAGCGUAGCGUUGAGUGUUUAAUAUUACGCUACAUAGCAGCGCUUCUCGGCGUCGCCCUAUAGCGUCUACAAUACGUUCGCGUGGGUUUAGAUGUCUUCACGUUCUUUUAUACAAAAUAUAUAAUAUGAAUUAAUUAAAAAAAUAUUUUAUAUGUUAACAAUACGUUUCCAAAUAAUAAUAAAAUUUAUAGAAUACUCUUUACUAAAUAAAAUAGAACUAUCCAAAAUUUGUUAACAGUCGUAAUUGUAGAGUUUUCUUGUUUCGUUCUAGGAAUAGAUCUUUUAUCUGCUAGGUUUUGGUUCUAGAAAAUGAUCAGUCUUUUAUGUUGGCUUUUGGUUUUAGUAUUUUGAGAACUCGCCAGUUUUAUUCUAAUUUAUGAGUAAUAUGUUGGUUGAAAUUGGAUGGAUCUAUGAGAUCUAUCAAUAUAAUCUUCUAGAAAGAAAACAAUCUCGAGUCAAACCUCUAAAUUUAAACUACUAUAUAUAGAUAUUAAUCACGAAAAUUCCUUUCCAAUAAUAAUAUUACAUCAAUACAACUAUCAUCAUUUGAUUUAAAUAUAUGAUAAUGGUCCAAUUUUCUUAAGUAGAAAUCGAUCUGUGGUGAUGCAACGCGUCUCAUGUUAGUAAUAUAUAUUUUUUUUCAUGUAUUAAAUAAUUAAUCCAUGCAGCGACGUCUGAUUUAUAUAGUGACACGAACUGUAACCUUCUAGUAAGUAUUAUAAAUAAAUUAUGAUUGUUAUUCGUAUAUGAUGGCUUAUAUGAUGGCGCGGUAAGAACAUGAACUCAGUUUAAUUUAGGGAUUUCAGUAAAGACCCGCAAGUUGAAAAAGAUGAAUUUAAUCGAAACUCGUUUAAAACUUUUCGAAGAAGACGAAUUAAAUUAGAUCAAAAACUAGUUUAUUAAUUUUUGAAAAUAUAAGUUACAAAGCAACUCUAUAUGUAGAGCUUUAAAAGUCUUAAUUUUAUUAGUAAAACUGAAAACAUCAAUAGUGAGAAAAUAAACCAAAAGAAAUAUUAAACUCAAAUAUGGAAAAGAGUCGUUGGAGCUCCUAGAUGCUGCUGCAUCAGUAUAGAUCGUGAUCUUCAAAUAUUUUUGUUUAAUGUUGACGAAAAAAUGUAUUAAAUUCCAAUAGCUCCCGCAUAUUUCACUGACAUAGUGUUUUGUCUUGUAGUAUUGGGCUACCGAUAAGUGGCGACUUCCACGAGAAAGCCUUAGAAAUCAAUCAACAUUUUGUUUUGUUUUUUCUUAAUCACUGGCAAAGGUCAAGUAGGAAGGUGUUCUCUUGCAAACAACAUGGAUGUGCUUCACAUCAUUCUCAAUAUUCUUCUGCCUCCUCUUACCAUCAUUUUCCUUUUCCUUUUCCUCUUCUACCCAAUCUAUCUUUUUAUCAAACUUCUAAAUUGUGUUCGUAAGCAUCUUUGCGUUGAAAAUGUCGCUGGAAAAGUAGUUCUCAUCACUGGAGCUUCCUCCGGCAUCGGAGAGCAUGUUGCAUACGAGUACGCGAAGAAAGGAGCAGAUCUAGCUUUGGUUGCUCGACGAGAGGAUCGUUUACAAAUAGUAGCAGAGACAUCACGGAAGUUAGGUUCACGGGACGUUAUCAUCAUACCUGGUGAUGUUACUAAGAUUAAUGAUUGCAUGAAGUUCAUCAGUGAGACGAUAAGUCAUUUUGGAAAAGUGGACCAUUUAAUUAAUAAUGCUGGUGUAUCUCAAACUGUUUUGUUUGAGAAUUUCUCCCAAAUUCAAGACGCUAAUCCUAUAAUGGAUACCAACUUCUGGGGCUCAACAUACAUCACUUAUUAUGCAAUUCCCCAUCUACGAAAAAGUAAAGGAAAAAUAGUUGUGAUUGCUUCUGCUGCAGCAAAGAUAGCUAUCCCAGUGGCAACCAUUUAUUCUGCAAGCAAAGCAGCAUUGUUAGGAUUUUAUGAGGCACUGAGAAUUGAACUCAAUCCGGAUAUAAAAGUAGAGCUUUUUGCAGAA